AUGAAUGAGCAAAUGUGCUUGACACUAUAUUCUACAAAUCAUCUCUCUGUUAUUUGGAUUACUAUAUAUACUUGCACAUUGCUUCAACUUCUGAUAUGAUUGUAGCAGCAAGAGUUGGCAUUUGAUCUUUUUUAUUGCAUAUUUAUAACCUAAACCUACAAAAAUAUUCAGAAGCAUGUGGAUUUUUGGCGGGAGAAGUGAAUCCGGGUUCAAUGCAAGUAAUAAUGCAGAGCAGGUUACAGAAGGAAUUGAUGGCACUGCCCUUACUGCCAUUGUCACAGGAGCAACAAAUGGUAUUGGAAAAGAGACUGCACGAGUCCUUGCUCUGCGCCAUGUUCAUGUAGUUAUGGGAGUAAGAAAUGUUAAUGCUGGUGAAAAAUUAAAAGAAGAAUUGCUGCAGCAGAUCCCUUAUGCUAGAAUUGAAGUCAUGGAAAUUGAUCUUAAUUCACUAGACUCGGUCAGGGAAUUUGCAUCACAAUAUAUAUCCAGUGGCCUUCCUCUUAACAUCUUGAUUAAUAAUGCAGGGAUUUUGGCUCCUUUCAAAUUCACACUUUCAAGAGACAACAUUGAACAAACAUUUGCAGUCAACCACUUGGGUCAAUUUCUUUUGACAAACCUUUUAAUGGAGACGAUGAAAAAGACAGCAAGUAGGAGCCGGACAGAAGGAAGAAUUAUCAAUGUAUCAUCAUUCAUGCACAGAUAUGGAGUUCACAAGGAAGGGAUUCGUUUUGAAGAGAUCAAUGAUGAGAAGAGCUACAGCAGCUCUGCUUUGGGAAGGUCAGCAUAUGGACUAUCCAAGCUUUGUAACAUCCUUCACACUAAUGAACUUGCAAGGCGCUUCAAGGCAGAGGAAGUUAAUAUAACUGCAAACUCACUUCAUCCAGGAUUCAUAACCACAAAUAUCUUUGCACCUAACGCUGGAGUUACUUCCUGGCUGAUGAACACACUUGCAAAAUACAUAUCUAAAGACAUAGGACAGGGAGCAUCAACAACAUGUUAUCUAUCAUUGAAUCCAAAAGUUAAAGGGGUAAGCGGAGAAUAUUUUGUGGACAACAACAAAGUGGAAGCCAGCAAAUUGGCAAGAGAUUCUGGGUUGGCCAAGAAACUUUGGGACUACAGUCUGAGCUUUACGGAUGCCAAGUUCUAGUUCCGGAGCUGCUACUUCUGAGUGUGCAUGUGUGGAAGCUCUGUGUUAUCUUUUCAUUGUUUGUUUUAUCUAUACUGCCUUACUUCUAAGCUCUGAGAAUUUUUGUAACUUUUAUCAUAUACAUGUACUAGCCUAUAAUCCAUUAUAUUCAACCAUCAACUUAAUAAGAGUAGAAUUUCAUACAAA